GCGCUAUUUCAUGUUUUCAUUCUACUUGGACGACGGGAUUUCGAAUAUAUUUCCAGUAAUUAAUARUUACUGAUUUCCGCGUCGGCGUAGCAUUAUCCGGCUACUCCGUCGGGUGACGUACGACAGACAUGGGAUUUUCAUUGUGGACUUUGCUUGAGGCUUCACUAUUGUGUUUGAACGCCAUAUGCAUCCUGAACGAAGACAGGGUUYUGGCCAAGUAUGGCUGGUCCACGGUGAACCGAGAGUUUGAUGACAUGCCAACCACRAAAACACAGAUAUUGUCGCUCAUGAAGUCUAUCCGUACAGUUGUCAAAUAUCCUCUUAUAAUUUUCAAUCUGCUGAUCAUACUUGUCAAGAGUCUUACAGGAUGAUGAAAAUUCCACUUGUUUGCAAUGAAAUAAUGUUGUAUAUUUUGUGUAACUUGUUAUUUCUAUAAGGUUAAUAUUCUAAAAAUUACCCUUAUUUAUAUUUAUAUGUGUAAAUGUUUUUACAAUGUGCGUAUCWAAAGUGUUUAUCAUCUUUUCUUA